UUAUAACCCGUAGUGUCACCAGGAACGUGGGUCUACUUCUGUGACUGUUGCCGGUAGAAGGAAUUCCACGAUGACUGCUAAAGAGGUCUCCGGUUCUGCUGUUACAGGAGAGGACAGAAUCCUGCAGGUGCUGGACGAUGGCACUGACCUGGUAGAGGUGGUGAGAUCCAUUAGUGAGGGUGAGGCCAUGGCCGAGAAGGAAGCCUUCUACGUGGUGGACCUGGGGGACAUCGUGAGGAAGCACCUGCGCUGGCUCAGCACCCUUCCACGUGUGCGGCCCUUCUAUGCUGUCAAGUGCAACAGCACUCAGACCAUCGUGCACAUCCUCGCCACGCUGGGUGCUGGCUUUGACUGCGCCAGCAAGGAGGAGAUAGCGCUGGUGCAGAGCAUUGGCGUGAGUGCUGACCGCAUCAUCUAUGCAAACCCCUGCAAGCAAGCGUCGCACUUGCGCUACGCGGCCAAGUACGGCGUCGACCUCAUGACGUUCGACAGCGAUGCUGAGCUGCACAAGAUCGCCCGCAUCAACCCCAACGCCAGGCUCGUGUUAAGAAUCCUCACCAACGACUCAAGGUCUGUGUACAGGAUGAGCAAUAAGUUCGGAGUCAGCCCCGAGUCGAGCCGUGAGCUGCUGGAGACGGCAUUUGGCCUAGGUCUACUUGUCGUGGGGGUCAGUUUCCAUGUUGGAAGCAUCUGCAAUGAGCCAGAAGCCUUUGCGCAAUCCAUUGCUGAUGCCCGAAGGGUCUUCAACAUCGCUGCUGACCUGGGAGUGAAACUAACCCUUUUGGACAUUGGAGGAGGCUUUCCUGGUUACAAUGAACAUGUCAGGAAUAACUUUGAUGAGAUCGCGGCCGUCGUGAACUCGGCACUGGACACGCAUUUCCCCGCGGGCUGCGGCGUGAACAUCAUCAGUGAACCCGGCCGCUACUACGUCAUGUCGGCGUUCACCCUGGCCACCAACGUCAUCGGCAAGAAGACGCUCUUCAAACCGCUGGCCGACGGUGUUGGGGAGCCCGUGUACAUGUACUACAUGAAUGAUGGAAUCCAUGGCUCCUUCCAGCACGUUAUCCACGACAUCGAAGAGGUGGUCACAGAGGCACUAAAACCCGUGGGCCCCGAGGAGCCGGUAUUGGAGUCGUCACUGUGGGGCCCCUCUUGCGAUGGUUACGACUGCGUGGUGAAGCGCAUGCCGCUGCCGGAGAUGCACGUGGACGACUGGCUGCUGUUCCGCAACAUGGGCGCGUACACCCUGGCCAUGUCCACGGAGUUCAACGGAUUCCGCAGGCCCAUGUUGCACUAUGUGAUCCGCAAAACCGAAUGGACUUUGCUGACAGCGCUGUGUACAGAAGAUAAGUUGAGUCCAUCCCUCGGCUUUUGAACUUUCAACGCAUCACGUAGAUCACUUGAUUUAAUCCACGUUCUUUUAGUUUUAACCGGGUGGUGAAAAUUAUAGACACUGUUUGGUUUAAUUUGCAAGAUUUACCUGGAUCACCAAAAUAUCAAAAUCUAAAUAAAAUAAAACAAUUAAAGGGGAAUAAAAAUCGGAGCAAAAUUAACUGAGUCAUGAUGUGAGAAAAAAACUAGAUAUAUCGCACAAACAUAAAUCAAGUGUAACAAAUAUUCCUUGUAGUGUGAAUCUUUUUGGGUGGAUUAGAUUAUUUUAUACCGAUCAUAGUACAAUUACAAAUUAAGUUACAGAAACAUUAAACAGAAAUAGGGUUGUACUAAUAUGAAAAUUCACACUUGCACACACAUACAAAGACAUCUCCUCUAUAUAGCCUUUUAACAGUGUUGGCGCAAGUGCUCUUAGCGAGCAUCUUUUAAGGCUGGUAUGGCGCACGGGAGGGUGGGUGGCCAAUGCCACGCCUGGCCAUAUUUUGUCUCCCCAGUGCUGAUGUUUUUAUACAUCAG